AUGCUUGAUGAAAAUCCUGAAACAACCAAUAUUCGGGUUACGAUGACAUUAAUUCCCCAACUGUCAGGGGGUAAUUAUCAACCAGUGCAACGCAUCGGAUGGAAGAAAACAGAAACAGUACGGAGGAGAAGCAUACGAAUACAAUCACGGGUUGACAAUCGGUCUUUUACCCUCUCCAUCUUCCGCCAAUUUUCCUCUUUUCGAUUUUCCUUUAUAUGUUCCUCCUUCCGCUCUUCACUGAAUGGGCGUCAUUGGAAUAACAGUGCACAACAACGAUCUAUCUAUUCAUCCCUAUUUGGCGAUUGCUGCCGCCAUAGCUGCAACCGCCAUUACUGCUGCAUUUGCAUGGAUAUUUGCAUUCACAGAGUGACAUUACAUGCGACAGUAAUAUCGGAAGAGAGUCCUUGA